CGACAACACGUUUCAGGAAGUUCCACGUCAGAUUUGCCGUGUAGAAGAGACUUUCAGCGGCGGUGUCAGUAUUGCAAAUUUAUUAUAAGGGAAAAGCGCAGCAAGAGCAGACAUGCCUCUCAGGCUGGACAUCAAGCGCAAGCUCACAGCUCGGUCAGACCGUGUCAAAAGCGUAGAUCUCCAUCCCACUGAGCCGUGGAUGCUGGCCAGUCUCUACAAUGGCAGUGUGUGCGUCUGGAACCACGAAACGCAAACGUUGGUGAAGACGUUUGAAGUGUGUGACCUGCCAGUGCGAGCUGCAAAGUUUGUCGCGAGGAAGAACUGGGUCAUAACUGGAGCAGAUGAUAUGCAGAUUCGUGUUUUCAACUACAACACAUUAGAGCGAGUGCACAUGUUUGAGGCCCAUUCGGAUUACAUCCGCUGCAUCGCUGUGCAUCCUACUCAGCCCUACAUCCUUACUAGCAGUGAUGAUAUGCUCAUUAAGCUGUGGGACUGGGAGAAGAAGUGGUCGUGCAGUCAGGUGUUUGAAGGUCACACCCACUAUGUCAUGCAGAUUGUCAUCAACCCCAAAGACAACAACCAGUUUGCAAGUGCAUCACUGGACAGAACCAUCAAGGUGUGGCAGCUGGGUUCCUCAUCCCCCAACUUCACUCUGGAGGGCCAUGAGAAAGGCGUGAACUGCAUCGAUUAUUACAGCGGCGGAGAUAAACCAUAUCUCAUUUCAGGAGCUGAUGACAGGCUGGUGAAGAUCUGGGACUACCAGAACAAGACAUGCGUGCAGACCCUGGAGGGACAUGCCCAGAAUGUAUCCUGCGUUAGCUUCCACCCCGAGCUGCCAAUCAUCGUUACAGGUUCAGAGGAUGGCACAGUGCGCAUCUGGCAUUCCAGCACGUACAGACUGGAAAGUACACUGAACUAUGGCAUGGAGCGGGUGUGGUGUGUGUGUGGCUUGCGUGGUUCCAACAAUGUCGCACUUGGUUAUGAUGAGGGCAGCAUUAUUAUUAAGCUUGGUCGUGAGGAGCCUGCCAUGUCCAUGGACACAAAUGGUAAGAUUAUUUGGGCCAAGCAUUCAGAGGUACAGCAGGCUAACCUGAAGGCCAUGGGAGACACGGAGAUUAAAGACGGCGAAAGGCUGCCACUGGCUGUCAAAGACAUGGGCAGCUGUGAGAUCUACCCCCAGACUAUCCAGCACAACCCUAAUGGAAGGUUCGUGGUGGUUUGCGGAGAUGGAGAGUACAUCAUCUACACAGCCAUGGCUCUGAGGAACAAGAGCUUUGGCUCUGCUCAGGAGUUUGUUUGGGCCCAUGAUUCUUCUGAGUAUGCAAUCAGAGAAAGCAACAGUGUGGUGAAAAUCUUCAAGAAUUUUAAAGAGAAGAAGUCCUUCAAGCCUGACUUUGGAGCAGAGGGUAUCUAUGGUGGCUUUCUGCUGGGUGUCAGGUCCGUAAACGGCUUGGCUUUCUAUGACUGGGAGAACACGGAGCUGAUUCGGCGCAUUGAAAUUCAACCCAAACAUAUCUUCUGGUCAGACUCUGGAGAGCUGGUGUGCAUUGCCACGGAGGAGUCGUUCUUCAUCUUGCGCUACCUGGCAGACAAAGUGGCCGCAUCACAAGAGUCCAACGAAGGGGUUACGGAGGAUGGCAUUGAGGAUGCUUUUGAGGUCCAGGGUGAGAUACAGGAGAUUGUGAAGACGGGUCUGUGGGUGGGUGACUGCUUCAUCUACACCAGCUCUGUCAACAGAUUAAACUACUUUGUUGGAGGAGAGAUCGUCACCAUUGCUCACCUGGAUAGGACCAUGUACCUGCUGGGCUACAUCCCUAAAGAUGACCGCCUGUAUCUGGGAGACAAGGAGCUGAACAUCGUCAGUUACUCACUGCUGGUGUCAGUGUUGGAGUACCAGACAGCUGUCAUGCGGCGUGACUUCUCCAUGGCUGACAAAGUACUCCCCACCAUUCCAAAAGAGCAGAGGACCAGGGUGGCCCACUUCCUAGAGAAACAGGGUUUCAAGCAGCAAGCACUGGCUGUGUCCACUGACCCAGAGCACAGGUUUGAGCUUGCACUGCAAUUAGGGGAACUAAAGAUUGGCUACCAGCUAGCAGUAGAAGCAGAGUCUGAACAAAAGUGGAAGCAGCUGGCAGAGCUGGCUAUCAGUAAGUGCCAGUUUGGCUUGGCACAGGAGUGCCUUCAUCAUGCCCAGGAUUAUGGAGGCCUGCUGCUGUUGGCUACAGCCUCUGGCAAUGCUGCGAUGGUGAGCAAACUGGCUGAGGGUGCUGAACGGGACGGCAAGAACAAUGUUGCCUUCAUGACCUACUUCUUGCAGGGGAAGUUGGACCAGUGUCUAGAACUUCUGAUUAGGACCAAUCGCCUGCCUGAGGCUGCCUUCCUCGCUCGCACCUACCUGCCCAGCCAAGUGUCCAGAGUGGUAAAGCUGUGGAGAGAGAGCCUGUCAAAAGUCAAUCAGAAAGCGGCAGAGUCACUGGCCGACCCUACUGAAUACGAGAACUUGUUCCCUGGGUUGAAGGAGGCUUUCCUGGCUGAACAGUACCUUAAAGAGACCUGCCUAGGCAAAAGCAGACCUGCUACUGACUACCCACUGGUCACGCCCAAUGAGGAGCGGAAUGUGCUAGAAGAAGCCAGCAAUUAUGAACCCAAAGAUGCGCUUCCCACCCAUACACAGCAGACUGCUGAACCUGAGGAGACAGCAGAAGUAUCAGCGGUUGUGGCUGCUCCUGUAGCUGCUCCAGUAGCUCCUCCACAGCCUGAACCUGCUAAAAAACAGGAGGAAGACAUUAUAAACUUUAGGGAAAAGACUCUGGAGGAACUGGAGGAUGACCUGGACAACCUGGAGCUGGACGACAUCGACACUACAGACGUCAAUCUGGAUGAUGACUUCUUAGACGACUGAUCACGUACCAAGAUGUUGAGUUUUAUUUAAAAGACCAAGCCUUUUUGUAGUUGUCCUGUCGUUAAUCACAAAGCGUCCCAGAAGUGAAGAUAUGGAGGGGUGAUGUGGACUGAGCAGGAUAUCCUUUGGGGACAUGUUGUAUCUGGGGGGGGAAAAUAUGGAGAAAUCCUUGAAUUAGAAUUUUGUACUACAUGCAGGAUCGUCUUGUUUAUUCCUCCUUCUCUCUUUUUUUGCCAUUACAUCAAACUGUACAUUUUGAGUCAUGUCUGUUCAUGUGAAUCCACUUGAUUCAUGUGCUAAAUAAAUAUAUACAUUAAUUAAAAA